UCUGCUGGGUCUGGAUGGAAAAGCUUGCACAGGCAGAGGAGGAAACAUGUCAAGAGAGGUGAUGACACAGCCACAUAGACGUACUCACAUCCUCAGUGGCUUCUGGGAUUGCUCUUUACUAUCGUUUUAGCCGCUGUCAACCUUCCUGCAUCCCACGGAGGAGAGAGAGAGAGAGAGAGAGGGAGAGAAAGAGAGCCGUCACUCCCCCUCUUCACCUCUAUCUUCCCAUCUUUUUCACUUUGUUUGUGGAUGAUGGGAUUUUAAUCAUGUGGAAGACAUCUGAGCGGCUCUUCUUGAUAUUGCUGAAGCUGCACGCAAUCCCGCCUGGCUUCUUCUGAGCAGGAUGGACACUCUGGAGUCAGAGCUGACCUGCCCAAUCUGCCUGGAGCUCUUCGAAGACCCACUGCUGCUCCCUUGUGCUCACAGCCUGUGCUUUGGUUGUGCCCACCGUAUCCUCGUCUCCCAUUGCGCCACUAACGAGUCCGUCCAGAAUAUUGGUGCUUUUCAGUGCCCCACUUGUAGGUAUGUAAUUUCCCUGAGUCCAGAGCGUGGAUUAGAGGGACUCAAAAGAAACGUGACUUUGCAGAACAUCAUCGACAGAGUUCAGAGGGCUUCUUCCUCAGCUGGGCUUCCUCUACCGCUGCCAUUGGCCGGCCCCCACAGUGGGCCUAACUCUCCCAGCGAGGAAGGGAGCAAUCGGCUGGCUUUGGUUCCUGUCAGUGCCGCCAUGUCCAGCCCGGAAACUGCCCCGGAACCAGUCCAAUGCCAAUUCUGUGAGCAGGACCCACCUCAGGAUGCCGUUAAGACAUGCGUGACAUGUGAAGUUUCUUACUGCGAAGAAUGCCUCAGAGCAACUCACCCAAACAAGAAGCCAUUCACCGGUCACCGGCUUAUUGAGCCUAUGCCCGAUUCCCACCUCAGAGGACUCCAGUGCCUGGAGCAUGAGGAGGAAAAGGUGAACAUGUACUGUGUCAUAGAUGAUCAGCUGAUAUGCUCACUGUGCAAACUGGUGGGAAGGCACAGGGAUCACCAAGUGGCAGCUCUAAGUGACCGCUACGAAAAACUAAAGCAAGCCCUCGACUCAAACCUGAGCAACUUGAUUAAGAGGAACAACGAACUAGAGUCGCUUAUGGGGAAACUGAUCCAGACUUGUCAGCAUGUUGAGGUUAAUGCGUCACGCCAGGAGGGCAAGCUCUUGGAGGAGUGCGACGUCUUAAUUGACAUCAUUCAGCAGAGGAGGCAGAUCAUUGGCAGCAAGAUUAAAGAGGGGAAGGCACAAAGGCUACGGAAGCUGGCCCAGCAGAUUUCCAACUGUAAGCAGUGCAUCGAGAGGUCCUCAGCGCUCAUCACACAAGCCGAUCAAACCCUGAAAGAAACGGACCACGCACGCUUCCUACAGACUGCCAAAAGCAUCAAUGAAAGGGUUUCCAUGGCAACAGCAUCAACCCAGGUGCUGAUUCCCGAGAUCCAUUUGACAGACACGUUUGACACGUUUGCCCUCGACUUUACUAGAGAGAAGAAGUUGCUGGAAAAUCUGGAUUACCUCACAGCUCCAAGUGCUCCGUGCAUAAGGGAAGAGCUGUGCACAGCUUCAUACGACACCAUCAGUGUCCACUGGACGUCUGAUGAUGAAUUCACAGUCGUGUCCUACGAGCUCCAGUAUGCCAUCUUCACCGGACAGUCCAACAUUGCCAGUCUAUGCAACUCAUUGGAAAGUUGGAUGAUUGUUCCCAACAUUAAACAGAACCAUUACACAGUGCAUGGUUUGCAGAGUGGAACUAAGUAUAUCUUUGUGGUGAAAGCCAUUAAUCAAGCAGGAAGCAGGAGCAGUGAACCCGGGACUCUGAAAACAAACAGCCAACCGUUCAAACUGGAUCCAAAAUCUGCUCAUAAGAAGCUCAAAGUUUCCCAUGAUAACCUAACAGUGGAACGCGAUGAAACCACAUCCAAGAAGGGCCAUAGCCAGGAUCGGUUCUCCAGCCAGAGCAGCUAUGGCGUGGUGGGAAAUGUCUACAUCGACAGUGGACGUCAUUACUGGGAGGCUCUGAUUGGAGGGAGCACAUGGUACGCUAUAGGUAUUGCAUACAAGUCGGCACCCAAGCACGAGUGGAUCGGCAAGAAUUCUGCCUCUUGGGUGCUCUGCCGCUGUAACAACUCAUGGGUGGUUCGCCACAACAGCAAGGAGCUGGCCAUAGAACCCUCCCCCCACCUCCGACGGGUAGGGAUCCUGUUGGAUUACGACGCCGGAUACAUUUCUUUCUAUGAUGCCGUCGGCUCUCAGCACCUACAUACCUUUCAUGUGUCUUUUGUCCAGCCAGUGUGUCCUGUGUUUAAUGUAUGGAAUAAGUGUCUGACGAUACUCACAGGUCUACCUAUCCCUGACCAUCUAGAGGGACUAGAAUCAAGCAACUGAAGUCUGCAAAACAAAAACAAACACUCAAAAAGCCACUACAUUUAAGCUGCACUGGGCAACAUUUAUAAAAAAUAUUCUGUCUUGGUAGACCGCCCUUGUAACUCACCCUUUUCUGCUACAGUUAGCUACAUUUCAUUCUGCUCAUGCACUACUACACACCCAAAGGCAGGAAAAUAGAAACUCUCUUUUCUGACUCAAACUAUAAAGCAUGCUUUAAACAGAACAGGUAGAAUACUCUGAUUUGAUAUUGUUCUAAGCAUCUUUGUCUCACUGUUAUCCAGACCAUCACAGACUGUUUUCCGGUAGAUUAACAUUCUGGUUUGCCUCUUAAACUGGUCAGCAUAUACCGUUACCCAGUGCAGCAGCCAUACACUUGCAAUGGUAUUCAUGCUCCUUGACCUUUUUCUGUCAUUUAACGACAUAUUCUCAUUAAAUUUAAUGCGAAAGACAAACCACUUAAUGCACAAAUUUUUCUUGGGACAUUGUGCUGUAUGUAGCUCUAACCACCUUAAUAUCUAGUCUGACCAGCUUUCCGGUGGGUCAUAAGCUAUGUUUGCGCACUGCAGUGGAGCAGUGCACUGCCAUUGUGGGGCACCCAGUGAGCAGUGUGGGGUUAAAGGUCUUGCUCAAGAACCCAAAGUGGAGGCUGUGCGGAUCAAACCAGGUUCUUGCAACUUUCUCAGUGCACAAACACACUGCUCUAUCCACUAGGCCAACACUCCCAACCAUGGUUGGGAAUAUGUGUUUCUAUAACUAUGAAUAGGCAGUAUGUUUGACAAACUGUGAACAACAGUUCACAUGGGUUCCUUUAAACAAUUUCUAAUUGUGGAGAUGACAACUGUCAUUUCAUGGUCCACAUGAUGGCAUUGGUUGACAACGGUUUCCUAGCAAACCUUUGAUGCCUUCACCUAAAACCCACAGGUUCAUUACUAAUUUCAACCUGGAGACUCACAUGGAACAAAGCAGCAAUUAAAUAUUCUAACUGAUAUACGUUAAUAAAUGGAUGGGUUAGACUCUGAGACCCUGACAGAAUAAAGCUGAUCUAUGUAAGCAGAUAGAUCCAAGUUGAUGACUUUUUUCAAGUUCUGCUGGAAAGCAAGGAUGUUGUUGAAUCUAGAUUUAGUGUUCCAGUAAAAAUGUUUUCAUUGACUCUUUGAUAAGGAAACUUCUUACAUCGAUAGGUUGUGUUUGCUGUAAUCGGAGCCCAUCAGUCUAAAGGGGGUGAUACAAAAAUCUGCCACAUUUCUCGGAUUCACAUUCGUAUAAAGAAUUUAGAAACUGUACCUUCUUCAUUCUACAUUUAAAUCGUGCACCAAUAUAUAUCCGCUAAUCAUGUACGAUCCAAAUAGAAUACAUUGAAGUUGUACUUGGACAUGAAAGGUUCAGGGGUGUGAAAACCUGAGCAUGCCAUUGGAUUGUUUCAAUGAUCUACUAAAAUUAGUCUGUUUGGAACUCUUGAACUGAAAAUGGGGGUUGGAUUAGAUAUUCUUGGUGUUUUAAGAGAUAUUUGAACUAUUGCAAAAGGAAAAACAGCCACAACUUAAUUUCCUUUUUUUGUUUGUUUCUUUUUUAUAUAUAUAUAUAUAUAUAAAGAUCAUCUCAACAGAAAUAGCACUUUGAAAUGUUCAUUUCCUACACAAAUUUUUACAUGUAUAUUUACAUUUUCACACAUCUUGGUCAUUGUAAAUGCAGAAUAUGUAUAAUAUGUACAUCUGUUCUUCCUGACAAACCCUGUUUAUCUUUUUCCUGUUCGUUUAACAACCAGGAACCAAAGUAGCCAUUUGUGUCAUUUCAGAUAUAUUUAAUUCUAUAAUAAAUGCAGACAUAUUUUUUAAAAGUGUGAUAGGACAUUGAGUAAGACUAGUAAUUGCUAAAUUCUGGAUACAGAUGGUUUUUUGCACAUUGUCUACACUUUAUUCAUGGUUUUGUAGCCUAAAAUUUUAUUUGUUUGUGCAAUUUACAUUUAUUCAUACUUGGGAGAUGUUUCUGACCUAAUGUGUUAAUUUUGUUUUGUGGUUCUUCGUGUGUGUAAUAAAAGGCUUGUCUAAAAAUUGUAUCCCCAUAAAAUGAUGAAAUGUGUUAGGCUGAACACUUUGGUGUAUUUUUGUGUUACUUUCCAACAAAAGUGGCAUUUUAUGUCAGUCCUGCAUUUGGGACCCGCUCUUUUCAACUUCAGGGUAUAAAAAUAAAAAAAAAAUAUAUUUGUUUUAUUGAAAUCCUUACAAAAAGAACAGACUGCUCUCUGAGUUUGGAAAUGUCUGCAAUGUUUAAUUAGAUUAAAUUAGUAAGUAAUAAUGCCAAUGGAAAAUUAAGAGUUCAUCCUACAACAUUAAAGUUUCUUAAUAAAUUAGGAUUUGUUAAAUACAAUUCACCAUUAACUAUAUGAAGAACUGUUCUUUUAGGGAUAUGUCCCUAGUAAUUUGUUGGCUACAUUGUAUCUCUCAGUAUGUAAUGCAAAUAUAGUGCUUUAAUUAAUGUGUACAUUUGAUCUUUUGAAAAAAAUGUUUUAUGUUGAGCCUCUGUGAGCACUUGUGGAAAUUUGGAUAUAAGUGCAACACAGGUUUCUGUGAUAAAUACAAGAGAAAAUAAAGAUAUGUUUCACUUUAA